AUGCGCGAGAUAACCGGUCUCUUUAUAGGCUUUGACCUCAGUGACGCGCCUUCUUUGAGAUACCUCGCAGCAGGCCUUGAAUACUACCGUGAUGGAGGUAGAGACGAAAACAACCCGAGGCUUGCGAAUUUAUCUCCAGCUCAACGAGCUUCCGUCCAGAGGAUUGUUGAUAACAUGAAUAACAACAACCCGCUCCUCACCGAAAUAAUUGACGCUUUUCUUGAUACCCCUCGUGGUCGAGCUCCUAUACUUCUGGGAGCUGGACGAGAUCUGCGUGACUAUGCUCACUAUGCAGUCACAACUCCUACAACACAUGACUAUCAGCUGGCCUACAUAGCUUGGAACACUAGAGUCGCUAUGCCAUAUCCCGGUGGUAGGACAGCAGAAGAGGUCGAAGCAAUUCAUCUAGCAAGUAUGCCUGUAAGACGAAGAUUGUCUCAAAAUCCUAGGACGGAGCGCAGCCGGAAGCGAACCGAGCCAGUUGACGAGGAUGAAGCCGAUGAGGAUUACGAGCCAGAGACUAAGUCCAAGAAGAUCAAGAAGGCUCAACGAAAGACUCCUGGUAAUAGCAUGGCCAGUACUUCUCGUGGCGCAAAUACAGCUAGACGUAGCGGUUCAUCAGUUGCCAACCCUCCUACUAGCUUUCGAGACCCUUACCUUGACCGAGUCGAAGCUCUUCACGAUGAAGUAGCUAAGUACGAGCAAGGAGAAGAAGACAAGAAAGCCAAACAAGUCAGAUUCAGCCAGGCAGAAAGUGAAGAUGCCGACGAGGAAUCAGAUGAUAUGACUGCCGAGCCGAAACCCACCCUUGACCGCUAUUCUCGUCACACGCCCCUCAAGAAACCUUCCUACAAAGCCAUCGAUGAUGGUACUAUCGACAAGACCCCCGCCACUCUUGGAGUUAGAGAUGAUAAGAAGCUCAUUAUUGCCUUCGACACUCAGAAGGAAGACCCAGAGCACCCAGGCGAAUACCUCCCCGAGAAGCAACGAGUAGAAUUCGACUACCGUAAACUCCACCCCGAGUUUGACUUCGCAAAUAAGAAACAUAUCUUCCAGCUUAAUCACUGGCGUCGUCAACUGAUCAAGAGAAACUUUGGCUACAUUCGAAAAGCCCGUGGCCCAUGGUUGGAGAAAGAGAAGGGAGUCAUGCUCGACCUCAUGAGAGAGCAGCUCCAACGCAACUCCUACAUCAAGUGGCGUCGCUUGGCGAAUGCAUACAACGAUCGCCAAUACGAGUCGCUACAAGAAAAGGGAGAGAAACUCGUUGCGAAGGGGGUCAAGAAGUCCGUCACUUCGGAGGAUCGAUGGACCCCAUGGCGCACAAGCGGAGCCAUCAAGGCCAUCUCAAAUAAGUGGCCCGAGUAUCACGAACUUGUGUCCGACAUGAAGGCAAAGAGAAAGUCGGAUGGCGUCGAGGAAGCCGAGUACUCUGACGAUGAUAAGGAAGUCCCUGACCCAGACCCAGAAGUUUUUGGACACAAAGUCCAAAAGGAGGGAUCUACAUCGGCGAAGAAGUCUCCCGGCGUAGGACAACAAGCACCUUCACAUCAAGGACCAUCAGUCGGUCAUGAGGGAGAUGAGUCUUCUGAGUUGUCCGAAUUGUCGGACUCACACAUUGUUGAGGAGGAUGACAAUUCAGGUCAUCCAGAUACUGAAGAUGGAGAUGCUGAGGAUGGGGACGGUGACGCAGAGAUGGAAGAUCUUUACUCUGCAGAAUAG